AUCAUGCACUUUCGUUAUUUUGUGCAGUCACUGUGUAUUGAUGAUAAGGAUCUUGGUCAUAUCACAGCCACACUAGAUGAGUUCCAUGCGAACAAGCAUGCAAUCAUUGUUGCUGGUGUCUACCAAGGAAAAGGCGGUAAGGUCAUCAAUAACUGGCAGAUUCCCAAACUGGAGCUUAUGCAGAGCAUCGUCCCCAGUAUC